AUGGCGUCCACCACCAAGCGUGCCGAUUUUGAGGCCGUCUUCGCUCCCCUGGCUCAGGAGAUCCUGGCUGCCGCCAAAGGAUAUUCUGCGUGGCAGUCCCUCAAUUACAAUGUCCCUGGCGGCAAACUGAACCGUGGACUCUCUGUGCCCGACACCGCCAUUGCGCUUCUGCAGCGCCCCCUGAACGAGCAGGAGUUCAGACACCUCAGCAUUCUGGGCUGGUUGACUGAGCUGCUGCAGGCGUUUUUCCUGGUCAGCGACGACAUCAUGGACGGCUCGAUCACCCGCCGCGGCCAGCCCUGCUGGUACCGUCAGUCGGGAGUGGGCAUGAUCGCGAUCAACGACGCCUUCCUGCUCGAGUCGGCCAUCUACGUGACCCUCAAGAAGGAGUUCCGCUCGCACCCUGCGUACCUCGACCUGAUCGAGCUCUUCCACGAGGUCACCUUCCAGACGGAGUUGGGGCAGCUGUGCGAUCUGAUCACCGCGCCGGAGGACAAGGUCAACCUGGACAACUUCUCCAUGGACAAGUACACCUUCAUCGUGAAGUACAAGACGGCGUACUACAGCUUCUACCUGCCCGUGGCCCUGGCGCUGCACUACCUGCAGCUAGCCACGCCGGGCAACCUGCGCCAGGCGCACGACAUUCUGAUCCCGUUGGGCGAGUACUUCCAGAUCCAGGACGACUACCUGGACGCGUUCGGGUCGCCCGAGGUCAUCGGCAAGAUCGGCACGGACAUCCAGGACAACAAGUGCUCGUGGCUGAUCAACCAGGCGCUGCAGCGCGCCACGCCGGAGCAGCGCAAGCUCUUGGACGAGGCCUACGGCCGCAAGGACAGCGCGCUGGAAGCCAAGGUGAAGGCGCUGUACAACGAGUUGCAGCUGGAGCAGCUGUACAAGGACUUUGAGGAGAAGCGGGUUGCGGAGCUGCGCGCGCAGAUCGCGGCCGUGGACGAGUCCGAGGGUCUGAAGAAGGAAGUCUUCGAGUCUUUCCUGGCGAAGAUCUACAAGCGCAGCAAGUAA